AUGGCUGUUGACCGCCUCUCAUCGAUCCUGAACCACUUGAAGCCAGGUCACUCUGGUAUUUCGGCAAUUACAACGAAAAACCCAGACGAUAUCGUGGUUACAUUGGCAAUCCGAACUCCCAUGACCAAAGCCGCCAAGGGAGGUUUCAAGGACACAUCUCUUGACUUCAUAGUGUAUUCAUUGCUGAAACAGCUCGUUGACCGGUCACAGCUGGAUCCUGCUCUUAUCGAGGAUGUUUGUUUGGGAAAUGUCGGCGAUGGAAGAGCAGCAUACCUAGGACGUGCCGCUGCCCUCGCAGCCGGCAUCCCACACACAGCAGGCGCCUCAUCCGUCAACCGAUUCUGCUCCUCCGGCCUCAAAGCCAUCCACGACAUCGCAAAUCAAAUCCGCACCGGCGCAAUCGAUAUCGGUGUCGCACUCGGCGCCGAAUCCAUGACCUUCGGUGACCGCGGAGUCGACACUUUCCACGAAGAAAUCCUCAAGAAGCAAGAAGCAGCCGACUGUCUACAACCCAUGGGUCAAACGUCGGAAAACGUUGGUGACGAUUUCGGAAUCACCCGCCAGAUGCAAGAUGAGUAUUCCGUGGAGUCGUUCCGACGUGCUGAAGUUGCGCAAAAGGCUGGUUGGUUCGAUGAUGAGAUCGUGCCUAUCACUACCAAGGUCAAGGAUCCGAAAACUGGGGAGGAGAAGACUGUCACUUUGACCAAAGAUGAGGGACCGAGGUAUGGAACUACCUAUGAGGCGUUGAGUAAGAUUCGGCCUGCUUUCCCGCAGUUUGGGAAUAAGACUACUGGUGGUAAUGCCAGUCAAGUUACCGAUGGAGCCGCCGCAGUCCUCCUAAUGCGCCGCUCCAAAGCCAUCGAACUCAACCAACCCAUCCUCGCCAAAUUCUGCGGUGCCACAGUCGCCGGUGUCCCUCCGCGAGUAAUGGGUAUUGGUCCCACAGCCGCAAUCCCCAAACUUCUCAAACAAUUCAACCUCAACAUUGCCGAUAUUGAUAUCUUCGAAAUCAAUGAAGCUUUUGCUUCGAUGGCUGUCUAUUGCCUCAAGAAUUUGGGUAUUGAGCAUGAGAAACUUAACCCCCGUGGAGGCGCGAUUGCGCUGGGACAUCCGCUAGGUGCGACGGGCGCGAGACAGGUUGUAACCAUGUUGAGUGAGGCAAGGAGGACGAAGAAGAAGAUUUUGAUUAAUAGUAUGUGUAUUGGUACGGGGCAGGGCAUGGCGGGACUUUGGGUUAAUGAGCAGAUUUAAUUGAGUGAUUCAUAUCCUAAUUUGAUAUUCGCUUGUAUAUACAUUA